UUAUAGUUUGCUACUAAUCCGUAAAAAUGAAGCUCUAUUUUACUCUUUUUGCGUUUCAAGCUUUAAUCUUAUCUCUCACAUCAGCUACAUACGAUUUUUGUGGCUAUUGCAACUUGGCUAACCAAGCUGCAGCAAGAACAGCUGCGGGAAUCGCUGGAGCGGCCCAGGCGGCGGCGGCUAGUUUAGGAGCAGCUCAAGCAGCACAGAACUAUGCUGCCCUAGGAGCGAACAUCGGGGCACAGGCCUUGUCAGCUGCGUCACGGUAUGCUAGACCAGUAUACACGAUCCAAGCCAUUGAGGUACCAUAUGGAGGUGGAUAUGGAGGGUCAGGCAUUGGAUUCGGUUCGGGAGCAGGUAUCGGCUCUGCGGCGGCAGGAGCUGCAACUGCUGCUGGAGCUGCUGGGGCUGGACUAGGAUCUGGAGCUGGUUUAGGCACCGGAUAUGGUUCAGGAGCUGAAGCUGGAGCUGCAGCUGGGGCUGGAGCUGGAGCUGCUGUAUCUGGAUUAGGAUCCGGGGCUGGUAUAGGUACCGGAUAUGGUUCAGGAGCUGGAGCUGGAGCUGCUGGAGCUGGAUUGGGAUCUGGAACAGGAAUUGGAUACGGAGAUAGACUAGAUGGUGGAGAUGGUUCUGGACUAGCUUAUUUGAUUCCUGAUGACGAAAAUUUUGGAGGAGGUCUAAGUGGUCUCGCUAGUGGUCUAGUGCAGCUGCUGCUGGUGGCAGUGCUUCUGCUGCUGGAGGCGGUGCUGCUGCCGGCGGCGCUGGUGCAACUGCUGCUGGCGGCGGUGCUGCUGCUGCUGGUGGCGGUGCUGCUGCCGGCGGCGCUGGUGCAACUGCUACUGGCGGCGGUGCUGCUGCUGCUGGUGGCGCUGGUGCAGCUGUUGCCGGUGGCGCUGGUGCAGCUGCUGCUGACGGCGGUACUGCUGCUGCCAGUGGCGCUGGUGCAGCUGCUGCUGGCGGCGGUGCUGCUGCUGCCGGCGGUGGUGCGGUCGCUGCUUCCGCUGGCGCUGGCGCUGCGGGUGCUGGCGGUGCCGGUGCUGACCUGGCAAAUGCUGCUAACAACUCCGGCCUCAACCAAUCGGCGAAUACCAACCAAAACCAAAAUAAUAAUGUUAAUACCAACGUCAAUACCAAUGACAACUCAAACACCAAUGACAGUGAUCAGUCCAAUAACCAAAAUUCAGCCCAGGGUCAGGCAGCUGGCCAAUAUGGCAAAUAAAGAUCAAACACCAGAAGACUCCACAUCCCGAGGUCCUAUACUUAUAAGUAUUUAACAGAAUACAGUAGACCCCCGUUAAACAAAAUUUUUGCAUCACCGUGCCGGAUUAGCGAAUUAGUCGGAUUAUAAAGUACUGUUUUACACAUUAAAAUAU